CCUACAUCAUACAUGAAUUUAUAAAUAAUUAUACCUUUUUCAAUUUUGUAAAUAAUACGACUGAUUCAUAGCGUUUGAUUAUUACAAAAACCGUUCAUUUUAUCAAUUUUUAAUCAAUUUUCGAGAUAAUUUGCGUACUUUCAAAUCAAAUUUAAUAAUUAAAUUCGUGUGCAUUAAACUUAAUCACAUCAGUUUUGUGCGCUAAGAAAGACCGUAUCAAAUAAUUCAACUGAGUAAUAUGAAACGGUAUCGUUACGCUUUUUUUUUGACUUUUUUUAUAUCAACGGUUUCGCAGAAGAACGUGAAUUGCGAUGAUGAAUCGUCAUCGAAAAAAGACGGCAAGCCAAAUAUCAAAAUAGAUGUUAUUUUACCGCUUUCUGAAACUGGAAGUGGCGGCAAAUGUGGAGACGUAUUUCAUCCCGAUGCAUUACAAAACGUGGAAGCCUUAUACUAUGCGCUGGACUUGAUACAAAAAGACGACAAACUUUCGCAAAAAUUCAAUUUAACAGUAGAUGUAAAGGAAGUUUGCAGCUCUCCCAACCUAGAAUUGAAACAUCUUUCAAAAUUUUACGAUCAAUUAAUGGUGGAUCCGAUAGAAUAUCAGAAUGCAACCUUUGGACUCAUUUAUGACACUGUUUUCACAGAAUUCAAUUAUGAAAAUAUUUUCCUCACGUUUCGUGUCUUCCCUCACAUCAGCUAUUCGGGGGCUCCAACGAAACUGAACGACGCAGAUGUGAUUGCGCCUCAAUUUGCGUAUGAUUUUAUCACUCCAACAUCCGGUCAUAUUUUCAUAGCAGACGUUAUACUGGAAAUUUUGAAUCAUUUCAAGUGGAAAUAUGUUACAGUACAUGAUCCUCGAAAAGAUUCUAGAGAUGACAAAAAUGGAAUGGCCAAGUUUUUUGAGAGACGCUUUGAGAAAUUAGCCGAGAGCAAAGAUGUAUGCAUAUCCAAAGAAUCGAAGGAAUCGAUUAUUGAAGCCACCGAAAAUGUACUAACACAAACGCAUACUCGCACGAGUAGUAUGGCCGACGUAAUCCUUUGUUUUUGCGAUCAACAAGAGAUCGAAAAUUUAAAGGGCCAAUUGCAAAACCGAAGUAAAAAAUACGUUGUAAUUGCAGUAAAUACAGAGCUAAGUUGGACAAACCAAGUGAAAUGGAAUUCAACUAUGGGAGACCUGUAUUAUGUCACGCCAUCACUUCAAUAUAAUGAAACUUUCUACCAUUACUACACUUCGUUGUCGGAGGAAAAUUAUACGAGAUAUCCCUAUCUUGAGAAGUUCAGGAAACGGUACUCCAAAUAUAACCGCAAAGAAAUGUCUAAUGGUACGAGUAUGUACGCAGACACCUAUCAGAAUAAUUCAAAUUCAGCGAUUAACAUCAUCAAAUCACUAUACGCAAUGGCUCAUGUUAUAAAACGAACAUUUGAUUCAAAAUCAAAGAAGGACAGAUAUGAAGCAGGAAAUGUGAUUCGCAGCAUCAAAUUCAAUUUAUUCAACGAAAAAAUAAGUUUUACUGGACGCAGUGGUCUACCAAAGGUAGAAAAAUUCGAUGUACACAAAUUUCAAGAAAAACAAAAUGAAACCGGCCAUUUCAUAAGAGUUGCUGAAUAUUUGAAAACCAGUCAUACAGAAUACAGCGAAGCAAGAAAAUAUCUGAAUGUACAAAUACAAGGUAACCUAACCAUAUUGGAUGCGGGAUUCCAAUAUCCAAAGCAUUACCUGAUGCACAGAUGCAGCGAACCAUGUUCAGCCGGACACGUCAAGAAAUUUCAUGAUGACAACACAUGUUGUUGGGAGUGCGAAAAAUGCGGAAAUUUUUCAAUACCAAACAAGGAUGGCAACAACUGUGAAAAAUGUGAAGAAGGUUUAAUGACGAAUGAAAAUUACACCAAGUGUAUAGCUUCGACUUUAUCCGUUGUUCUUCAAAUAUCAACCGAAUGCGCAUACGUUCAGAAUUUAUUAUCCAUCGGACUUUCUUCAAUCUCCAUUAUAUUGACAGCGGUCGUACUAUUGAUGUUUGUCAAACACCAAAAUACUCCGGCAGUCAAGUCGACCACCAGAGAACUAUGUUACAUGAUGUUCGCGGGCAUUAUUUUGGUCAACGCCAUAAUCCUCUUUUCGACGGCAACCUCUAAUUUUGAAACAUCAGAUGUGAAAGUUCUACCAGCAAUUGGUUUCACAAUGAUAUACGGCGCAUUAUUGGUGAAGACCAAUCGAAUUGCUCGUCUGUUGGUCACACCUAAACGUAGAUUUGCCAAAAUGAACCUCAAAUAUUUGUCAUUGAAGGCUCAGAUCAUCAUGACUGCGAUUCUGAUUGCAAUAGAAAUAUUAAUAUGCUGGUUCUCAGUGAAAUUCCAAAAUUUAUCAGAACCAGGAAUUCUUGGAAGCAACCUAAACCUGAAAAAGUUUUAUCUAGAUGGAGUAUUUUUAAUCAGGAUAUUCGCCUUCGUCGCCCUGUUGAUAUUGCUUUGCACUUAUUACGCGUUCAAAACACGAAAUCUGCCAGAAAAUUUCAACGAGGCCAAGUACAUUGGUUUUGCGAUGUACGCCACCGUACUCACAACAAUAGCUUUCGGCACGGUGUACUUUACCAUUGAUGACAAAAAAGUGAGCUUUUUGCUGAAUUCAACUUGUAUGAAAAUAAAUCAAUUGGCGGUCAAUCUUUUGCAGAUAUUAGCGAUGAACGUAUGCGCUUCGAUUAAUACUCUGAUAAUUUUGAUUUUCUUGUUUUCGCCAAAAUUGUACAUCAUCUUGUGGAAGCCUGAGAGGAAUACAAGAGUUUACUUUUCACCUGUUACAUCUAGUAUUCGCAGUUACAUGGGGAAGGAAUCGCGUCCCAAUUCACGCAAACCUCUAAAGCAGUGUUACUCGCUCGAAACCUCAGGACCACAAUCAAGCUUCAGUAAUGCAGCAGAGAAUUUGAAGGAGCAUGAACGAAAUGACAUCGUGAAAACUAUUGAAGAAAUCGACAUUCUACAAAAAGAAAUAAAUCUAGAUAUAUUGAAGGAGAAGUUCAAAGCAGACGAUUUACAACUCGAUGAAAUGAUGGAUAAUCUGCAAAAAGCUUAUUCUGAAAAGAUCGAGAAUGUAAAACUGAAAUAUACCGUCAAAGUGGAUCGGGUGGAAAAAAACAACUCCAAGUAGGAACAAAGACUUAUUUCCGAGAAACACCUUCAAAGACUGAAACUGAAUGACUUUUAUAGUGGAGCUUGCUUCGUAAAUUUAAGUUACAAUUUUCGAAGUGUACCUGACAUCAGGUCAAUUUCAGUACCUAUGUACUACCUACACCUAGUACAUAUGCACCUACUCGUAUGGUACUCUUUUGUAUUGCAAUGUCAUAAAAUUAAAUAAAAUGUAAUUUACAAACUUCAAAGAGCAUCCAAAUGCGCCAAUCAAUCUUUUCACACUUACAGGUUAAUGAAAAACUAUAGCUUGA